UAAUCUAGUACUGACAUGACUGCAAUAUGUGUAUGACUUACAAGAUGCCAUUUAUGCCUUGAGGAUAUGGCUCCUGAGUAAGAGAACAACUUAAGGAGUCACUGAAUAUUUCUUCACAUCUUUGAUUUUCCAGCAUCAUCUGAAUGCCAUGCAUACUGGACGAAUCCCAGUUGAAGUGGAUGAUUUCACCUUUCAUAGAACAGUGCCAGAACUGAUUUCUACUAAUAAUGACCGUUGGGGCUCAUUCCAUCAACAAAACACACCACUCAAGACUCGCUUAAAUGAAAGAUGUGAAGAUUCUGAAACCUGUGUAAACGAUGAUGCCUCUCUCACCACUUCUGCAGUUGGUGAAUCAAUGACAGGAAAUGUUUUGCCUGAUUCUCAAAUGGCAAACAUUUCACAUAAUUGUAGAGUACCCCCUACAUCACACAGGUUAUCCUUUAGUAGGCCUCACUCAUCUAUCAUGCAAAGCUGUGAUGAAGAUUUGGAAGCACUCAAUAAAGACCCUCAGUGGAAUGCAUUUUUAAGUAGUCCUCUGUUAGAAGGCAGACCACAGCCAAAUGUAUGCAGUAAAGACACUGGAUAUGACUCAGAAACACAGGACAGUCUGGGUAUCAGCCGGUUGGACCAUCCUGGCCCCUUAAUUUCUACAGUGUUUCCAAGUAACACCUUCCCAAUGCAUCAAGCUUACUUUAAACCAUAUGAUGACCCAGUCCUCCAACCACCAUUUUAUUACAGACCAUGCUCUCAUCCACCUUCCUGCUAUCAAAUGGCAGAAAGACUACAUUAUUGCAAUGGUGAUGCAUACCAAUUCCACAAUGUGGCUAUUUCCCCAAGACCUCAGCCAUGCAUUCGAGAAUUUCCUGCAGUUGAGCAAUACAGACCUUUAAGACCACAACUCACUGUCCAAAACCAUUUAAAUAAGUAUGCCCACCCUCCACAAUCACCCUCAUCAUCCUUACCUCAGCCAGAGAACCAGAUGUCAGUACUGAAGUCCCAUCCAACACCUACCGCAGACUCAUAUUCAGCCAAUAAUCCACGGCCAAAUGAAGAAGUGGAAGGCAGAGGCACCCUAAGGACAAUAAACUUACCAGUUGAAUUACGAAAAGUCUUCAUCACCUAUUCUGCAGACACAGCCAGUGAGAUCACACGGUUUGCAAAUUUCCUGCGAUCCAAUGGUUUUCAAACUGUGCUUGAUAUAUUUGAGAACACAGUAAGAGGCAUUGACACUAUUAAAUGGAUGGACGGAUUUUUAAAUGAUAAGACGGUGAUGAUUAUAAUAGUCAUUAGCCCAAAGUACAAGCAGGAUGUUGAAGGAACUAAUGAGUGGAUAAAGGAUGAGCAUGGUUUACAUACCAAGUACAUCAACAAAAUGAUCCAUCUUGAAUAUAUUCAGCAAGGCUGCAUGAACUUCAGAUUUAUUCCCGUUCUGUUUCCAAAUGCUAAGGAGGAGCAUAGACCCAGCUGGCUGCAGAACACCAUUUCUUAUCACUGGCCUCAGGAUAAGAAUCGCAUACUGCUAAGGUUGCUAAGAGAAGAAGAGUACUGCAUGCCUCCAGUAGGAAAUCUACCAUCUAUCAUUUCAAAACCAUUGUGAAGUCUCAGCUGAGUGACAUGUGCUUCUAGUGAACUUAGUCCACUGAUGAAAGACUAACACCUCAAUCUUCAUCUUGGCAGCCUCAGACACUAUCCCAGUGCACUUUAGAGGAUACAGUCCAUCUUACACCUUGAUAGCUGGCACUUGCUGCAGAAGUUAAGGUUGCUAACUAUAUUUCCUGUGGUGCAGGGUUUGAUUCUUUCAACCCCUUGUUUGUCUACUCUGUGACCUUGAGCAAGUCAUUUAACCAGAUAUUGCUCCCAGGCUUCCGAAAAGGAACUGUGUGUCCAGUGGGCCUACCUGGUUAACAAAUAGAAUUAUUAUUAUUAUUAGUUAAAGCUAGCUCUUGUCCUAUAGAUGUCUGUAGAAAGCAUUUUGUCCAAGGAAACAGUCUUUCGGUUGAAAGACAUCUUUUUGAUUGCAGUUUCAUUUGAAAAUAUUAUGCAAAGUUUUGUAGUUAAAUUCCAUCAAGAAGAAAUCUAAAUAAAAAUAUUGUAAUAUUAGUGCUAAUUGGAUAUACUAAAAGAAGUUACACAUUUACAAAUAAAAUAUGAAAUGCAAGGCAGAAAAUAUGCAUUGUCAUAACCAUUGUGGACAACUGUUUAAUAAUUUCAGUCAUGACAAUUUUUGUCAUCCAGGAAAUUGACAUUCAUUUGAAUCAGUCUUUAAAAAUUAUAUUUGUAAAUAUUUUAGCAGGGAAUGUGAGAUGUGGAAAUGUUUUAGCACUGUAACUUAACUUGUAAAUAUAUCUAACACCAUAAUAGAAUUUAAAUCAUGUCAAUAUGAACUAUUAUAAACUAUGUAAUAGCUUGUUAUUAAAAUGUGUUAAUUGGCAUCAAAUAAGAAUGACAGAACUUGGAAAUAAAGUCUGUAUUAUUAUGGUAAUCAGUAAUUUACCCAGGAUUUUUGCAUUGUUCACCAGCUUCUAGAUUGCAAACUGCCAUGGCAAAGCCCCACCACCACCAUAAUCUGAAUGACACAGUAUAAUGUGCAAUGUUUAUUUAACUACAGUUGUGGCAAGUCGCACUGUGUAACUGUAAGAAAUAUGUGCACUACAUCAAAACAGACCGCUCAACAGAGAGCCACUAAAGCCAUAACCUAAGCAACUUACAUCACAUUAUAAAUAUACAGACACCAGCCAGGAUUUUAACAAAAUCUGUAUCUACUGAUAUCAGACAAGUAUAUCUUUUAAUAAACUUGACAUAUUUAAACAAUAUUACUGUGACAACCCUCCACCUCUUGACCAGUAAUCAAGGAGCCCCAAUCCUAACCACUGGCACCAGUGGGGGACGUUCACUGAGAGGAUAACGAGUACACACACAGUAUCUCCAGAUGCAGAUAUCUAUAUCAAAUAUAAUUUCCCUUAAGAACACACAGGGAACACAGUCCAGGACUGGUUCCUCUCUUUUUCCUCCAGAUCCCCAAUAAGACUCCCCACUGGCACACCUAUAGAGUUGAGUCCUUAGCCAGGGUUCCAAUGCUCUCUCUGUCCAACCAGUGGUUUGUG